GCAUGUGACCAAAGCAAGAUGGCGGCCGCCAAGUUCCAUUUUUCCCAGGAAGCUCCUUCCGACGCCCUGCUGUCGGAUAUGCAGACUCUCAAUAAGUUCCAGGACGAGCAAUUUUCCCAGCUUGUCUCCAUCAUCUUCUCAUUUCUAGUGGAACCCAGCAAGUCCGCCCGAAUGCUGCAGCAGCUGGAUGAGUUUGCAGAGCAUCAUGGGAUCAGUGCAGGGCCACUCAGGAACGUGGUGAAGAGUGUUCUCUCAGUGCUGAAUGGUGCCCUGAGAAGAAAUCUUACACCAGCCCUUCUUAAGGAAGACUUGACCAACCUUGGUGUGACAGAAGAAAGAGCAUCAAACCUAGAAAGUCAGUGGAAGUCUAACCUGGCCGCCCUGUCCAGAAUGGCCAUGGGUCAAACCCUGAUGGUCAACCAACUGGUGGACAUGGAGUGGAAGUUUGGGGUGACAGCGGCUAGCAGUGAGGUGCAAAAAGUGGGCAACACGUUCUUACAAUUGAAACUAGUGGUGAACAAGGGAGACAGGACAGAAAACGUUUACAUGGAGUUGACGCUCCCACAGUUCUACAGCUUUCUACAUGAAAUGGAAAAGGCCAAAUCAAGCCUGGAGUACUUCACUUGAAAGCCUCCAGGGGGCGUUUUUGUACCUUCAUUCUUGUAAUUCUAUUGAUUGAAUUAUCCUAUCAAAGAGGGGAUAGAGCAGAUGUCUUCUUGUGUAAUUCACUUAACCCUGUCUCUGCCAACUAACCUGGUAACCACUGCAGAUUUGUUGCCAAAAGGCUUCCUUAGAAGGCUGUGGGUUAAGGAAAUAAAACAGAAACAGUGGAGACUUAAGAAUUUAUGUUAUAAGAUAUUUGCUGAUGUUUCCUAAAAAGAGUCAUCAUUACAACAAAUUAUCACAUUUUUGUUACUAUAUUGCUUUAGAUUGCAUAUUGUAUGAUGUAUAGGAGUAA